AUGCUACGGUUGGGGUUUACUGAGAAGUGGUGUGGCCUAAUUAUGAAAUGCGUUAGCUCAAUCUCAUAUUCAUUUCUCAUUAAUAGGGAAGUUGUUGGAAAUUUAAUCCCUACUCGAGGCAUUCGUCUAUCUUCGAUCCUCUCUCAGGCAAGAAAUACUGGACUGCUUAGAGGAAUCAAAGUGGCUCGGGCUAGUCCCUCGGUAUCCCACCUAUUUUUUGCUGAUGAUAGUUUAAUAUUCUGUCGUGCUACCGUAGAUGACUGCAACAAUGUUAAGACUAGUCUAAGACUGUAUGAGAAAGUCUUAGGCCAACUGAUAAAUUAUACGAAGAGUGCUCUUUCUUUCAGUCCUAAUACAUCUAGACAUAAUGUCAAUUUAGUGAAGAAUAUUUUUGGCAUGCCAGUAGUGAAUCGACAUGAUUACUACUUAGGUUUGCCUACGAUUACAUUGUGGAACAAGAGCAUGCACGUUGGAGGGCAUGUGCGCAAUAUUGGUGGGGUGGUUCAGAAGAUAAGCGGAAGCUUCAUUGGAAAAGAUGGGAGAAACUUAUGUGAGCACAAGAGUAAGGGACGAUGUAAUCCUUCUUUCACUUGGCGGGGUCUUUUAUGGGGACGAGAUUUAUUGAGCCAGGGUACUCGGUGGGUGGUAGGCAAUGGGGAGCGGAUCAAACUGUAUGACGAUAGAUGGUUGCCUACUCCACGGUCUUUCGAGGUGGUUUCUCUCAAAAAUUUGCAUCCUGACAGUUAUGUAUCUUGCUUAUUAGAUCAACAUGGCCAAUGGGAUGAGGCUCUUGCACGGUCAAAUUUUCUGCAAUUCGAGGCAAAGAUCAUCUUGGGUUUACUACGGCCUGCCCGACGGAUUGAAGACAGAUUGUCUUGGCACUCCGAUAAAAAAAAAAGGACAUAUUCUAUCAGAAGUGCUUAUUAUCUCUCAAUGGAUUUGAAACACAUGGUUCCUUCCUCUUCAAUUGACUGGAUGAAAGUUUUGUGGAAGUGGUUAUGGGCUCAACAAUUGCCUCCAAAGUACUAUGCAUUAUCUAUUCCAUUGUGCUGGUAUAAGGCCGGCUUGGAAGAAAUGCUGAUUUUGGGAUGUUCUACCUGCCAUCAAACUGGAGUUCAAAGUCUUAAGGUUGAUAGGGAGACCCGAUGGAAACCUCCACCUCCAGUGGCUUCUGCAGUCCCAGUAGGUAGGUUGCAGUCUGUGGAGAGUGUUGAACUUUAUGCAAUUCGCAAAGGGGCCAGGUUGGCUACCAGUUGUGGGUUGAUGGAUAUCACGGUUAUUAGUGAUGCUAAGGGAGCCAUAGACAAGAUUAACUCGCUUGAGAUUGGCCUUAAUGAAGAUGGAUCACUUGUUCAAGAAAUUAGGGAUUUCUUUGUCUCUUUGAAGUUUAUGUUUAGUCCAAGAAACACCAACAAGGUAGCACAUUGUAUUGCACAAUUUGCUUUGAGUUCUCCAAUUCCGUAUGAAUGGAGAUUGUCUUAUGACCCUACUUGGCUCAAAGAGGUUGUAACGGCAUAUCUUCUGUCAAAUUCUAGCUAA